ACACAGUGUGCGCGAGCUGCAGUUAUCCGGCAGACCCGUUCUGGCUCAUGUUUCCUGUCUUUUAAAGCUCUGAGCAUAAAGGGUUUACUCAGAAUAGACAACUAACGCUGUUUUGACAGCUUUUUAAACACUCUCUCUCUCAAGUUCUGACAUCUCGGCACAGGAAAGCGUCAUCACAAAGACAAGAGUUGAGAAAUGGGCCGCAAACUGGACAUGUCAAAUCUGACAGAGGAGGAGGCAGAGCAUGUGAUGCAGGUAGUGCAGAGAGACAUGCAGCUACGCAAGACAGAAGAGGAUCGUCUUAGUGAGCUGAAACAGGAGCUGGAUCAGGAGGAGAGUCGCUGUGUUCUGCUGUCACGCCAGCAUGGCUUUAAUGAGCGUUGCUGCAUCCGCUGUUGCUCAUCCUUCACCUUCUUUCUGAAGCCACGCCGCCAGUGCUUGGACUGUCGCUACAAUGUCUGCAAGCGCUGUUGCUCAUAUUCUGAAACUGACAAAAGCUGGCUGUGCUCCGCCUGUGAGAAGAGCAGACUACUGAAGACACAAUCUCUAGAGUGGUUCUACAGUAAUGUGAAGAGACGGUUUAAGAGGUUUGGAAGUGCCAAAGUGCUGAAGAUGCUCUACACGAGACACGUUGGAGACCAGGGGAGUCAGGUUGAAUUUACAGAGGGAAGUACAUAUGCUGAAAGCACUGAUGACAGUGUUUAUGAGAGUGACUCCACAUUCUACCAGCAUACUGAAGAGCGGAGCAUGGCAGAGAGCAUCAGCGUGGCACUGCGUGUGGCAAAAGAGGUCAUAGAUGAGGCUAUUAGCAAGGCAGAGGAACAAACAGGCAAUCAGGGGAAGCUGAAAAAGGCUUCUUACCUACGAGACAACAGAGGAGAGCUGAUAGAAGAGCUCACCACCAUGAUUCUGCAAACAAUUAUCUGCAAGAGGAGAGAUGUAUCUGAGAUGCAUACAGAGUGUAAUUUGGAGGCACCACCUGAUCAGAACUGUAACUCCCGAUCAGCCUUCUCACUCCUUACUGAUGAAAUACUGGCCCAGCAUGACAAAGCUGAGCAGAGUCCCAUGCUCUGCACACAAGGGCUGAAGAAGGAUGAUGUUCCUGCCAUUGCUGGCUGGAAUCAGAAUUUGGACUGGAUGGAAAACUCCUGUGCAUCCUCAGUGUUACAGAGUCCAGAUGGGAACUGGUUUGCCCUGCAGAGUACCCAACUGUCUCGGCUGAGCCUGCCGACCAAGCGCGAGAACCUGAUGUUCAGUGCCCUGGAGAAGGAAUCUGGUGUGAUCUCAGCCUAUGACAGAAUGGCCACUGACACUGAGUCAGACUCUGAUGGAGCCUGGGGUGCUGCCCAGGUUGAGAUUCUCCACAAAAUGUCCUCCAGUAACCUGUUAAAUGACCCUCAUGCCACCAGCUCACAAUCAGCUACAAAAUUACCCAUGAAAAAUACUGCUGACCAACCCCAAAGCGACAGUGACCAGAACAAUCCUCGGCCCCAAAUCCAUAAGCCAUCACUUCCUCUCCUGAAGAGGAACGUGUCUCUUGAGGACAGGCAUCCGUCUUGCCAAUACCAUAGUGGCAUGGGUAUUAUUGCAAACCCUGAUGGUGGAGAAAGUAGUGAGGAUGGCUUAGAGGACAAAAGGGGCAAGAGGACACGACGGCGAAGAAGAAAUAAGCGUGAGGCUACAGAAGGGAAAGGCUUCCAAGUAUGCAGUGGGGGAAGGCUGUCUUUAUCUGAACCUCAGGACUAUGGCAGGAUGCUCCUGAAUUAUCUGUUGAAAUGCCAGAGCAAGAGACAGAGCGUCUCAGAGUUUCUGAGUGACGAGACAAUAAAUGCAGACACGCCAGACUCCGUGACCCCAGACAUUUUGAAAUCCGGGGCCAUGACUCCUGAUGAUUUUACACCUGAAGUACAAGACCCCAACACUGAUCAUCAUGUUCUGAGUGGUGCUUCUGAUCAGCGGCUGACAUCCAGACUGAGAGAACUGGCCAGUCAAGUCAAUGGAACACAGCUCCCCUUAACCAGGAAUGGGUUUGAUGGAGUAGAAGAGCCUGUAGAUGAGAGAAAUGAAAAGAGAGAGAAGGGGAAGAAAGAAGAGAGGGACAAAGAGAGAAGAGAAGUCUUAUGUGAUAUGGAGGUGGAUGUAGACCAGGAAGACUCAGAAAUGAAAGAAGAUAAAUAUCAAAGAGUAGGCAAAGGAUUACCAGAUGUAGAAGACCAUGAGAUAGGGAACAAAAAAUUGAGGAAUUUAGAAACCCUGAGCACAAAUAUGAUUGAUAAUUUGCACAAUGAAAUAUUACAAGAGACAGUAGAGAAACAAAGUGCAAUUGAUAUAGAGAAAACUGCCAGAAUGUCAUGGAAAGAGUGCUUUGAUUGUAAUGUUGAGAUAAAAAGAGAACCAAAAGAGCACAGAGUGAGAGAAUUAAAUAGUACCAAUAACAUUGACUCGGAGCAUCAGAUUAAAACUACUGAAGACAAAGCAAAUUAUAUGAGUGAGAGAACGCAUGGAGACCAGAAUGUUGAACAGGAUAAGAAAGACAGAUCAGAAUGUCGAGGAAAAGAAGAUACUGAGCCUGAAUCUGUAAGAAAACAAGACAGCGUAAAGAAUGAGGCACAUAUAACACCAGAGGCCCAAAGUCCUUUGGCGAUAGACAAACAAAGAGAGACAUCUGUAGAGAGCUGUGAAAAAAAUGAAAAAGUUGAGAGUCAAGAGUGCAGUAAGCAGAAAAAAGACACUGAAUAUGCAGCCGAAAAUAAAAAGGACAGUGUCGACAAUACAGGAAGUGAAGAUAAUCUUGAUUUUGGUGAGGAAGGAAACUCAGAAUAUAAGAAAAUGAUUGUGGAUGUAGUUAAGGGUUUAAAUAUUAUGGAAGAGGAAAGAGAGACAAAUAUCAGCAAUACAAAGUACAGCAUGUCAGAUUUCUCUGAUGAAUUGAGUAAGGAGAAGGAGGACAUAAUGGGAGAACAAAAAGAACAACAUCAGAUGACGCUGGAUAAUGAAAUGGGAUUCCAUAAUGAGAGAAUGAACAGGGACGAUCAAACAGAAGAGAGUGAUGUGGAAAAUGAGAGGCGAGGUAACUUGGUUGAGAAAACUGAAGAUCAUAGUUGUGUAGCUGAAGCAGAACAGUGUAAUGACCACACGGAUGUUCUGGACUGCACUACUUCUGGUCAGGAAGAGUUUCUCUCCCCAGAGGAAAUCUACAAAAAGUAUUCGGCUGCAUCUCUGCGCAGCAUCACCACUGAGGUGCUGAAGGUUCUCAACGCCACUGAAGAUCUUAUCCAGGGUGCCAUGGGUUUCAGCCAGGCAGAGUCCUGGGAUCGACCUGCCCUUCCUUCCACUCAGAGCAAGAGACUAGACGAGCGGCUCAGCAGACUAGAGGAAAAUGUAUAUGUUGCUGCUAGUGCCGUAUUUGGGCUGGAGGCUCAACUGGGAGAUCUUGAGGAGUGUGCACGUAGCAUCAGCCGAGAAACCACAGAGGAAGAGCUGUCUCAGCUGGAGGAACAGGUGGCCUCAGCUGCUGCUCAAGUACAGCAGUCCGAGCUCCAGGUAUCAGACAUUGCAGCAAGAAUUGCAGCUCUGAAAAAUGCUGGCCUUAAUGUAACACCACAGACACGUUUUUCCAAGCCACAAACCAUAGAUUCAUCUCGCCAGCACCGCCGCCGCCUGCCAGCGCCUCCAACGCAAGGUAAAAAGACAUAGUGAGGACUGGAGCUCAGAAAGCAUCACUUUACAGCCAAACAAGCAGAACCUCUGUGCCUUUAGUCAGUGAACUACAGCCCCAGACAACCUUUGCCAUUAGCCGUAACCAAAAUCACUGCACUGUAUGAUGACUAGGUUCCAGAAGAUACAAUUAUUGUGGGCCAACGUACUGAUGAAUGGUCAAAAUGUAAAACAAAAAAACUCAAAACAAAAUUAAAAAAAGGAACAAAAAUCAUUGUGUAAAAUUCCAUAUAUUACAGUGGGUUAUUUAUGCACUAUUCACUGACAUAAGCGAUAAUAAUUUGUUGAUCUUGUGCCAUAUACAUUUGGAAGAUUAUAAACUGUACUUAUGGAUAAUUUUAUUUCAAAUUGAGAUAAAUUUAUUAUUUGGUGGUAACAUCAAAAGCUUAAAGUCUAUUCAUUUUAUUGAAACUCAUUCUACAAGAAACAAAGCCAGUCUAAAUAUAUUUUUUUUCAUACCACAAUUUCUCAGAGCAUUAUUAACAAAUCAUGGACAUGUCUGUCUAAUUUGCUCUUGUUUAUUCCUCAAGUAAAGCCUUCUAGAGAAAUAAAUGAACUGGAAUCACACCCAAGGAAUCAUACAUUAAAAUUUAAAAUGUGUAAUGAUUUAGUAUGUAUUAAAUUCCUUUAUGUAACAUUAUAUCAGUGCUGCAUGCUCUAAGUGUAUGGAGAAUAGUGUGUGUGUGUGUGUGUGUGUGUGUGUGUGUGUGUGUGUGUGUGUGUACACAAUGGAAGAGAAUUUCCUAAUUGUUUUCCAUUACUAAAAAAAAAAUCUAUGUAGUGCAAAUAAAUUCUUU